UCGUCUUUGUACAAGAUAAUCCCCUAAUCUGUGUAAUGCAGGAAUAUACCCACACUUGCAGUUCAUCGUCUUUUUCUUGUACAACUUGAACCCUGGCUAAAGCCUGUGUAGAGGGAAACGUAUGCGCUUGCUCAUGUAAAACUGUCACAUGACCAGGCAGGGGGUUUUAGAGGCGUGGCAUCCAGGACGCCGUCUGGUAAACAGGGAUUAGAGAGGACACAACCCUUUGCCUGUCUAGAGCCUCUACAGCGUGGACACUUUGCAAGAAAGUGGGACGAGUGGACACAGGAGGCUGACCUGACAGUAGGACGAUCAUUUCCGGUGAUGCCCUGGGUUCUGUUGGGAUGAACCAGCUGGAAAACUGAUGGGAGAAGAACCAAAAUCUGCUGAUAGUCUUAGCCAGUAACCCGUUGGACAUAUGUGACUGUAGAGUCAAAUAUCUCUCUCCAAACAAGAAUUGUCAACUUGAACGCCCCAUUCGGUUCACUGAAGGCAGAUUAUGUUGAUAUCUCAUGGGAUGGAGGACAAAAUCAGAAGGCCAGACAUGCCUGAGGUGACCGUUCGUCUUUUGAUCAAUUACAACAAGUCCCACAAAACUGUUGUGAGAGUCAGCCCACAGGUGCCCCUUGAGAUGCUUCUCCCGGAGUUAUGUGACAAGUGUGAAUUAAGGGCGGAGACAACGGUCCUUCUGAGAGACGAUCAGUCCAAAGAGCCGCUGGACGUUGCCAAGACUUUAAAUGAGCACGGGCUAAGGGAAGUGUACGCUCGAGGCACAGCGCGUCCAUUGGUUGAUCAAUACCAGCCCUGUACACCUGAAGCAGACUAUCUGGCCCCUGUACAACAUUUGGAAGAUAUGCCCGUGAAAACAACAAAACAGAAGGAGAUCACAGGGUUUCUCAGCUUGUUCCAAAGACUGAAGAAAAAAGCUGACAUGGAAGGGACAGAAAAACAUCCGACUUCUGUUGGUGUGACCAAGCAGAAUCUGUCUUACCCAAACACCCCACGGGCAGAUAUGUCCAAAAAGAGGCGAGCUCCACAGCCCCCCAUUGGUGUGUCCCAGAGCAUCCCCGACAACCUCAACAACCUCAGAGAAUUCGAGAGACCUGCUGCCUCAAAUUUAAGAAAACCCAAGAGGAAGGCCCCACCCCCUCCCAUUGUGAACACACAGCAGGUGGACACACCUGAUGAAGGUAAAAUGACACGAACUUGCACACCUUUGCAAGCAAACCCUCACUCUGCUUUUGUAUCAAAAGACUCGCCUUCUGGGAGCUGCUGUGAAUUAGUCCCUUUUAUUACCGUAAUGUCGUGUAUAACACUGAAACUGGAACUGAAACAAGCUGAUGGAAAGUCUCAACCCAAUUGGUUGAGACAGAUUGAUGCUCUACAAUAAGCCUUGGUUCUGUUCCAGGCAGUUUUUCUGUGGAAAAGUGUUGCUCAUGGGAGCUGAGGUGCUCUUUUUUCAUGUUUGAGGAGCGUUGCUCUACACCUGUUGCAUAUGUCAAGAGCAUUGAAUUUAGGAAUUGACGAUCAUAUAAUAUCUUCAUCAAUAAAGGAGAAGGGUAUAGUAUUGGAGGGGUGGUUUUGAUUCGGGUGGAAAGUUACUGAACAAACAGGAAGCAAUUUGUCAAGCUGAGAGAACAUACAGUACAUCGUCAUGUUUGGAUAUGGCUUGUGGCGUACCCCAGGGGUCAAUACUGGGACCACAGUGGAGAGGUUUGGCUGGUAUGUGAAUUGGAACGGGUCGAGCAAUGGGGGGAGUAUGGAGGUGUUGUGGUCUUUAACCACCCUCCUGAAGCAGUUCAUAAAGUCGUUGAGACGUAAUGGAUGGUUUAUUGGGCAUCGGAAUUAUUGAUGAUUUUAAAACUCUUAUCCUAAGCCAGACCAUUUUUGUUUCGAUACUGCUUACAGAGUAUGUGUUCCCUGAGCGUGGUGAUUGAGGACUCCUUUCCCCUUUUUCUGACUUCCUCCUGGCUGGAUGUGUUUUUCUCCCGAUCAUCUUCAUUCAUGGAAUCACUGCCCUUGCUCCGCACACAAAAUGGAUUGUUUGAAUGAAUGCAUAAAGCUUGUAUGAAUGCUUGUUUUUUUAUUUCCCUCAUAUAUUUUUCCUUGUAUUGUUUUUUUUUCUUUCAUAUGAUUAUAUUCACGUGUGUCCUUCCUGACAGGUUUGUAUCCAUAUUUUUUAGAAACAACAAGCCAAUUUAUACUACUAAGGAAGAGCGCCAUUGAUUUCAUUUAUUUUAAUUAGCUAUUUAUUUUAAAUGAGCCAAAGCCAUUUGAAGUAAGUCAUGGAUAUACGACACAGAAGACUUGUUAAGUGUUGUUUUUUGUAAAAUACUACUCAUUGAUGUCAAAGCUGUGUGAUGUUAAAUACUGUAUACGUGUGUGGCACAAAUGUACUUUAAACAUACAGUGAUGGAAAAGCAUUGAAACAGUGACAUUCAUGGAGUGUUUUAUUCAUAGACCUGCCAACAUGUGUACAUUUUUUGUACAUUGUCCACAUAUGACACAAAUUAAAAAGAGUUGUCCAAGUAAAUAAGUCUCAUUUUAAGUAAAUGUAUAUCACUUUUGGGUUGAGUGGCCAAGUGGUGAGCGUUUUCACCACACAGUGGGGAGGUUUUCUCCUUGUACUCUGGUUUCCUCUUCCAUUCCAAAAACAUGCUAGGUUAAUUGGCGACUCCAAAUUGUCCAUAGGUAUGAAUGUGAGUGUGAAUGGUUGUUUGUCUAUAUGUGUACCCCGCCCAAAGUCACCUGGGAUAGGCUGUUGUGGACUCCAGA